CGCGCUGCCGUUUGUAAGUGUACGUACGUCUGUGUGUGUGUGUGUGUUUGCAGCCCAGGCAGCUCUGUUUAAAGGAUUGUAUGUUAGCCGGAGCAUGAGAAAAUCAUGCCUGCCAGCGGUUCAGACACUGUUUUGGCCAGGCCGUCAUUCAGCGCCCGUGUUUACUGAGGGAUGAAGAGCAGAAAACAGAGGGCAGUCAAAGCUGGAAGCAGCAGAAGGAAAGUCUCCAGCGACGUGUCCCCCUCCACCAGCCUCCCUCCUCUGGUCGAGGGCCAGUUGAGAUGCUUUCUGCGGGUGACAAUAAACCGGGUAUUAUGGACAGUCCACAAGCCCCCGUCUGCAACGUUCGUCAGGGUUCGCUGGUGGGGAGAAUCCUCCAAUGGGACACACUUCUUUCCAAGAGAUGGAUCGCAGCUCUCCCAGAAGACCUUGAAGACCGCAGCUUGCUUUGCCAUCCGCUGUGGGCCAAAGCAAUUCACCUCAUAUCUUACAGAUAUGGGCUCAUUGGUGCUGGAAGUUCUGACAAAAUCGGAUCAUUUGCCAAUCGCACGGGCUCAAGUUGCUGGCAUCUCCCGUCUCUCUCUGUCAAACCCCAUUAGUGGAUUUUAUACCCUUGUAUCUCCAACAUCUGAAAAGCUGGGAGAACUGCAGGUUUCACUUAAUUUGGAGCCUCUGACUGAAGCCUAUGACAGCAGCAGCUCAGGUCCCACCACAGAUAUCAGUGCUGAAGGACCACAAGUCACCACACUGACUGUGCCCUCACAGCCCAAGUCACUCUCAGGUGGCAGCGGGAAAGAAUCAGUUGGGAGCAGCAGAGCAAACACACCAAGAGGGAAAGACCACUUAUAUUUCCAAAAUGCCAAAAAAGAUGAAGGCAAAGUUAAGUCGCUGGAGAAUCAGGUGCCGACAACAAACAGAUCUCAGAACAGUCAAACAGCUGGGAAUCCUUUAAGUCGGGAGCCUUGUGGACAAACAACUAAUGAUAUCCUCUCAGUUAUUUUAGAGCGUGGAAACAAGCUUAGAAACGCUAUGGUAGUAUCAGCCUUGACAUGUGACAUGGAUUCUGCCUCCACUCUGAAAGAUACUCCUCUGCCUCUCCCAAAGGACAACAUCUUACCAUCUUCCAAGAUGCUUCUUCAAAAUAUUCUGGAUGUUGAUUCAACUCUCAAACACUCCGAUGAUGUUGCUGAAGUCUCAGACUGCAGCUUAGACUGUCCUGCUGACAUGGACAACAGAGCUGUGGAUCUUCUCCUUGGCAGCUUAAACACAUCUCCUCUGCCUCUCUGGAAUGGAGAGGGCUUCUCCCCUGAAUCUGGCCACAGCAGUGUUUGUGGGGAUAGUGAGCUCAAUGAUCCACAAUAUGAUCAGAGCUUACUGGAAAAUUUGUUCUACAAAACUCCUAUGUCAGAUACCAGAUUAGAUGACACAGAGGCAGAGGGUCAAGAAACCGUGUCCUCGAGUAAAAAUCAACCAAAACAGCAGGCAUGGUCUGGACCCAAGAUAAGUGGAGGUCCAAAUUCAGAGCCUAGGGGGUCUCCAGAUGCAGGUGGUAUUCUUCCUGGCCUCAGCGCAGAAAAGUUGACUUUGCUGAGUUCGAUCCGAGUGGCGAGAGUGACCAUCAAAUCCCUGAGCAUACACACAGGAAGCGCAACCACCACACCCAGGAAGACCUCCAGUAAAGGGAAACCUCCUCGACCAUUAACCAGCACAAAAUGCUCUUAUUUUGUUGAGUAUGUGUUCCCGAUGGCACCCACUUCGAGUCGACGUGAUCAUGGUAAAGCUGGAGUUGCAGAGGUGACCAGAGCUGUUUCCAGUAAAGUCAAAGGAGGAGCGGUGAAGUUCCUCCAUCACUGUGUGUUUCCUGUCCACUUCAGCACAGCAGCAGUUAAACAGUGGUGGCAAACUGAUAUGAUUUUCAAGAUUUACUCACGAAAGAGCAACCAGAAGAAACCUGUUCCCGCUGGUAAAGCAGUUCACCCACUGCGUUGUCUGCUGCAGAGCAAGCAGCUGAGUCAGUCUGUCGUAUUACCUGUACAGAGCCUGGAGGGAAACUGUGAAACACAGGAGAUUGGACCUCUCGUGGUGUCACUGGAACUUGCAACAGACAGCCAAGAUUUCUACCCUGGAAAAAGCAAAAGCAAGCUGGCUUGCAGAGACACCUCGCCUUCACAAACUGCACCCAGUCCCAGCACCCAGAGAGAGACCAGCUCCAGAUCUCAACUUGUUGAAACUGGCGGAGAGGAGUUACCUGCUCGCUCUUUAGAAGACUCCAGGCUAAAUGUUUGGAGUCCUCAGAAACCAUCGAAAGAACCCUCUCCUCAUCCUGGCCUCCACGCAUCUCCUUAUAAGUUGUGGCAGCAGGUGGAGGAGGAUCCCGAGGUCCUGCUGCAUACUUUACUCAUGGUACCAGAUGGAAGGAACUUCAGCUGCGGACUCAUGCAGGCUCCAAAUGUGUACUUGAACUGUAAACUCUUUUGGUGCGAUGAGAUGGCGAGAUCUGUGGUCAGCUGGGGUCAGGCAAACCCUUCUUUCAACUUUGUUCAGGUGACUCCUGUUGCCUUAACAACUAAGCUGUUGCAGCGGAUGAAGAAUAAUGUGAUGGUAAUCGAGGUGUGGCAGAAAACUGGAAGCUCAGGGCAGGAUCGACUCCUGGGCCUUGUUAAAUUACCUCUUCACCAGUUCUACAUGUCAUUUAGGGAUCCAAAGAUUGCCCACCUUCUUCUCCAGGCGCAGUACCCUGUUUUAGGGGUGGACUGUUACAUGCCGGUCAUUGAUGUGUUCUCAGGAAGUUGUAAAGGAAACCUUAGGGUUGUUUUAGCUAUGGGGACAUCAGAACAGAUAGUUGCCCUCCAGCGCACAAGGGACGAGGAAUAUGACUAUUUGUCUCAUCUUGUGAAACCAGUUCAUCUGCUUGAUCACCCACGACAUUCACCAACAAAGGUGAUGUCAGCACAAGAAGAAACUAUGAGAGAGCAUCUGUUUGUGAUAAGAGUGGAGAAGGUCAAUGGGCUUACACCUCUGCAGUCUACAGUGUGGGGGGAAGCUGACUGCUAUGUCCAGUACAGUUUCCCCUGUCAGGACAGUGACCCUGCUGCAACUGUGGACCAAAACCUCAUAGAGAGCAGUGUGAACCUGAAGCCGUUUCGUACGACCACUACUCUCUGUGUGCCUGACCCGACGUUUGGCCACACUGAGACUCACGUGCUUCUGGCUCCUGAAGGAGUGCCUGUCCAGAGGUUGCUGCUCAGCUCUCUUUCAACUCAAGGCCUCAGCAGUGGUGGAGGCAUCCAGUUUGAAGUGUGGUGCAGAUAUUACUAUCCAAAUGUCAGAGAUCAGCUUGUGGCCAAAGGACUGCUUCCAUUGUCCAAGCUGUGUGCUAUGAUCACCAUGCAGAGACAACAUCCUAAUGAGGCCCAAAUGUUCUCCUUGCCCCUGAUUCCCAGGACAGAUAGUCCUACGGGACGACAGCCCCAGCCCUCAGGCCUGCUAGAUGUGUGUAUUCGGUACAAGCACCGGCCUGUGAGACCUGAAGGACAGACCGGUAGAGGAGCUGCCUCUCGCAUUGUGACACUUGUGGUUCAGGUGCACAGAGCAUCAGGUCUGCAGGCAGCAGCAAGGGUAAUAUCUGGUCAAGAAGAAAGGUUCAGCUACUUUGCCAGUGUGGGGGUGAACACAUAUGUCACAGUUCAGCUCUCCUUCUUGCCCGAGAGUGAGAGGAGGUGUACCCGCAUAGCUGCGAGGACCUUCAGCCCCGAGUUCGACCACCACAUGGAGGUGUCCUGUGAUCUGCUGGUGCAGAGGAGCAGCGGAGAAACCCGAAGCCUGGCUGAGCAGCUGCAAGAGGCUUCUACUGUCUUUACUGUUUGGAACCGAGACAAUCGCAAAGCAGUGAACGUUUCCAGGCCUAAAGAUGUGAUGUUGGGUACAGUGAAAAUACUAGCUGAUCUCAUCCAUAAAAGAACAGGUAUCUCUGGCUGGUUUGGAGUGUAUUUACCUCAGGAAACAAGUUCUUCUCAGCACCAGCACGUCUUGGUCGGGGGUCUAGAGAUCUCCAUCAGCUUUGCCCACCACUCAGACAGAGAAAGAGUCAUUAAAGCUGCUCAGGGUUUGGGCUGGGUAAUGGGCCAGAGUGAGUACGAAAUGCAGGAUGAUGAUGAAGUCUGGGAAGAAAGCAUGAAGAAACUCUCUCUGACUUUGUCUCUGCCUAGAGCAUGGAUACCAGUCCACUGUUUGCUUCUCCCAGGCCACAGUGAGCUUCAGCGCUCCACCUAUUGCUACUUCAGGUACAAGUUUUAUGACCAGGAGGCCUUCUGCUCUCAGAUGAAACACCCAUCUGUCGUAGAGGGUGGGAAGGACAGCCAGGCCACAGUGAGUUUGGAAGGAAGUAGAACUGUGGAGCUGAGGAGGACUCAACCUUUAAUGUGGUAUCUGCAAGAGGAGAGGCUCGAAGUGCAGGUGUGGGUUGCUUUCAACAAGGACAAAACCAGAAGACCCACUGACACAGACCGUCUGGUUGGCUCAGCAUUUGUCGAUCUGUCCUCUCUUGCAAAGACGCCCAGGAAGAAACUGACUCUCAGUGGUGUGUACCCGCUGUUCAGGCGCUCUGCAGCAGAUCUACAAGGGGCAGCUCUCAGGGUGCACAUCACCCUGACAGCAGGUUCUGUCCCCAGGGAGUCAUCUGCUGGAGCUGACACCCAGGUGGACUCUGACAGCCAGGGGGAGCUCUUAUCAGAAGAGGUGGAAUCAGCAGAUCAACCCCCUUCGCCGUCUACCCCCAAAAAACGUACACAAAGCAGAAGCAAGAACAAAUCCUCCAGUCCGACUACAGACAUCACAUCUGUGCAGCAUACAGAAAUGAGCACGGAGGAAUCUUUUCCCGUCACAGUGGCAGUGGACCGGGCUAUGCACCUGAAUCUGAAAGGCUGUCCUCUAGCAGAGCGCAGUGAAGGGACACCAUGCUGCUGUGUUUCAUACGUCACUGCUGACUCUGCUGAACCAGUGUCCACAGCUGUCAUAGCCAACACUGACUGCCCCGUGUGGGACCAUCAACAUGAGUGCAGGCUUUCAAAGCAGCUACUGGUUGAUCCACAACAAUGUCUCGUGUUCAAAGUCUGGCACAAAGGAGAAAUGGAGAGGGUGCUUGGAUUUGCUUCUGUAGACCUGUCCCCCUUACUCUGUGGGUUCCCCUCAGUGUGUGGUUGGUACAACAUCACAGACUUCAGUGGUCAGUGUCACGGGCAGCUCAAAGUGUCCGUCACUCCUCUAAAGGGGGUCCAAGACCUCCGAGGACAGAGAAAAACUUUGAAUGAGGAAGCUGCCAAAAACUCAUCGGCUUUAUUUCAGGCCCUUCCUCUCAGCUAUCAUACUGCAGCCACCUAUAGUAGCUUCCCCUCUCAAAUCAGCCGAUGCCCUGAGCAAAAGAUCUCGUCACCUGACCACACAGACAAGCUGUUCACUGAAAGGUCCAACGAGAGCGACCGUCAUUUUGAACACAUGGACAAAGUCCGUCUUUACCAUCAGAGUCUGCAGGAUCCAACAGCAGCUCACUCUGUCUGCAGCAGCAGUGCAAGUGACAUCAAUCCCUCCAGCUCUUUCCUGUUUUCAGCACUCAGGAAAAAACUAAGCGAGCUAGACAACAUCCAGAGAUAUUUCAGUCGUAAACUUUCCACUCCCACGUUCCCGUCUGUGACUGAGCAGGACUGUCACACCAAACCCUUGGAGCAGAGGCAGUCAGAGACAGACACAAGUCAGCUUCUUCUCAAGUCCAACCAGUUAGUUGGCGAAGUCAGCAAUAUCAUUAGCGGUCUACGAGGACACCACCUGGAAACAAUUCACUCCAACCCCCAGAGCAGCUCAACAACUUCCCCUGUUGAAGACAACCUUCAAACGAUCCCUGAGAGCAUCUCCAGUCUACACAUAGCUUCAAAUUCUGCCCAAGAAGAUGUGUCUCCUCUGCCGUCGCCUCUUCCAAAGAUGUCUGAAGACCAUACAGACUCUGAGGCUGAGGAAGAAAAGGACAGCCAAAACUACAAAGUCACUGUGUCCGAGGACGAAAACGAAGAAAGAACAGACGAAGAUGAAGAUGAAGAUGAAAUGGACUGCACACGGGACGAGGGAGCUAAUGAUGAUGAAGGGGAAGAAGAAGAUUAUGAGGAGGUUGUGGUGAAGCCGAGGCAUUUGAAUGAGGUGACCUCUUUAACAGACAAAACCAGUCCAUGGACCAGCAUCCUGUCAGACCCCGACACGGUUUCUUUGGAGAGCCUGGAGGCACCAGAGGAGCCAGACCUGAGCCAAGACGAGGAUGAGAAGAGCCAGAUGGUAAAUCUGGAAACUCGUGACUCCAGUGGGAAACACAAAUGUACAGGACGAGGGGAGAGUGACAGUUUUCAUGGAUCAGCAGGAAACGCUUCAGGCACAGAGAGAAAUUAUAAAAGGACAAUACAAGCUUUAGACGAGAAACAAGCAAAAAGGCGCCACAGCCCCAACAAGGGGUCAGGUGACAGAAGUCCAUCACCCACCGUACGGCACACCACAGAUACCGCUGAUCCAUCGCUGGACAACCAACAUUCACAGCUCCAAACCUCAGUCCCUGUGGAGGUCCCUAAUUUCUUCCUCCCCUCUCACCAACUGGAGGCUUCUAUGAGAGCCAUAAAACUAGCUCCUUCCUUCUCCCAGACGCCCAGUGACCCAGGGCGGAUCUCUCCAGUUCAGAGCUUUCCUCAUCGCCGAGGUCCUCCACAGCGUCCCAACAUGUCUCCGUCGUCCAUGAAGAAAGAGACUGAGAGAAUAGCAAAAAUAUUUGCAGCUCACUUUGAUGAGAAUCAGUAGUGUGUGAUGGUUUUGUUUGCUAAACAUUUAUGAUCAUAUUUUUUCUUCUCAGUGGUUUCAGACUGAUAAGAUUAUGU